CACCGCAGCAAUGGAGUGCAAGCUGAUCGUUCUGUCCGUCGUGAUGGCGGUGGCGCACGCCGGGUACCUGGGUGCUCCCGCAGUCUACGCCCCUGGCGCGCCGCUGGCUGCCCGGGCCUACGCCGCCCCUGCCUAUGCCGCCCCCCUCGCCAGAGCCUACGCCGCCCCCGUCGCCAGGGCCUACGCCCCAGCAGUGGCCGCCCCCGCCGCCGUCGCUGCCGAGUACGACCCGCACCCCGAGUACAGCUUCGCAUACAACGUGCAGGACGCCCUCACCGGUGACUCCAAGACCCAGCACGAGAGCCGCAGCGGAGACGUCGUCCAGGGCAGCUACAGCCUGGUCGAGCCCGACGGCUCCGUCCGCACCGUCGACUACACCGCCGACCCCGUCAACGGCUUCAACGCCGUCGUGCACAAGGAGGCCGGCGCCCACCCCGCACCUGCGAUCGCCGCCCCCGCCUACGCCGCCCCCAUCGCCAGGGCUGCCUACGCUGCCCCCAUCGCUAGGGCUGCUUAUGCUGCUCCUGCCCUCGCAUAUGGAGGUGCUUACCACGGCUAAGCUGUCAAGACAUUUGCUUGACGCCUCACGUUUUGUACAAACCGCAUUA